CCUAAGAUAUAAAUUGGACGCCGACUCUGAUCGUGACAUCAAAUCGUCAGUGAUCAUAUACUCGUGCUUUCAUACUCAAGAAGAAAUGUUCAGGUUACUAUUUCUUGUCGCACUAGUACCAGCCAUUGCCGUGGCUGACGUCAACUUCCGUGCCUGUCCGGAUGGAUCUCCAACCCCAACGAGCUUAGCCGUGAACAACUGCACCGAAAGCAGCUGCAUUCUGUCUGCCGAUCAACCGCUUUAUGCCCUGGCCAGUGGAAUCGUGAGCACUGUGGAAAGCAAUACGGCAACUGCCUAUAUCGUUGUCCGACUGGAUGACGUGGAGGUCGAUUACCAAGUCCCGGAGGAACAUGUUGAUGCUUGCAGAGAAGGAAUUGUCGGAGGUUGCCCGGUCAUUCCCGGAAUUCCCUUUAACUAUGCCGUGGCCAAUGAUAAUCUGACCAUUCCGUCUGGUGGCUUCCAGGUGGAAAUCGAAUUCGGUCUCGAGGGUGACGGUGGAGUCAAAAUUGGUUGCGUUCGUUUCGAUGCUUACAUACAAUGAGAUUAUGUUAGUAGGAUAAUAAAAGUUUUUGAACUGCUUCAUGAAAACAGGAA